CUUAAAAAGCACUUUUGGGUUUUGACUUUGUGUAUAUAAAUCCCCAUAUUUCCAAUUCCUUCUUCGAAAAAAAGCUGAAUCCCAAAAUCAACGAUUCUGUUGUGUGUGUUCUUCUCCAUAUGAUGAUGGCAGAGAGAAAGAAGAACGAUGAAGAUCAUGAGGGAGGAAUUAAGCUGUUUGGGGCCACUAUUAUGUUGCACGACAACCGGAUACUUAAAGAAGAGCCCAACGUUUCAGAUCAACAAUCGCCAGAAAAAAGGCCUGACAAGAUCAUCCCCUGUCCGAGAUGCAAAAGCAUGGACACCAAAUUUUGUUACUUCAAUAAUUACAAUGUUAAUCAACCACGCCAUUUCUGUAAGGGCUGCCAGAGGUACUGGACCGCCGGUGGGGCCCUCCGUAAUGUCCCUGUUGGAGCCGGCCGCCGAAAAACCAAACCCCCUUGCCAGACUUUUGGUGGGUUGCCGGAAAAUUGCGUCUUUGAUUCUUCAGGGAUCGUGGCGGUGCAGCCGUUUGAGUUGGAAGGGAUGGUUGAGGAGUGGCAUGUCGUCGCUGCAGCUGCACAGGAUGGGUUCCGGCAAAUUUUACCGGUAAAGCGACGGAGGGGUUACCAAGACGGUCAAAUCUGUUGAUUAUUCUUCCCCUGUUUCUUUUUUUGUUUUUUGUGUUAAGAAUUUCGAUGUGAUUGAGGGAAAAAACAUGGAAAAAGAAACCUGUUUUGAUGGUGUUAGAUUUGUACAAAUAAUACAGACUUUGUUUAAA